AUCAAAGCAAAAAUUUCAAUUAGGCUGAGCCAAAUCCCCACUCUCAUUGAGGCUCGCGUGUUUUCCACCAUCCAAUAACCCAAUGAUGAAGUAUACUACUCUCCCCUCACAUGUGCAAUUCUCAGACAGUGGUCCCCGCCGUCAGCUCCAUCACCAAUUUACCAAUCCUUGUUCCUGCUAUAUAUAUACGUACACAUAUUGAAUUCCGGAUGAGAUGCUUCAUUGAUUUUGGUCGGGAAUUAGGCAGAGGUAGUAAUUAAUACAGAUACCGGAAAGGGAAAGGAAAGCUAAAGAAAGAGAGAAGGAAAAGUUAGUAAUGGUUGAUCAAGUCAAGUCAUCUCUCUCUCCGCAGCAGAAAGCAAGUAAAGGGUUUGUAUUAUUUCUAGAAAUGGGAAUGGGAGGAAGGAAGAGAGUUGAAGAUAUUAAUUUAAGUUAAUAAAGAUGAAUAAUUGAGAAUAAUAAUAUACUUAAUUAGAAAGGGGAGCUUUUUCCUCUUUUUUCUCUCCUAAUUCCUCUCUCCUUCUGCCAUCAGCUUAAUUCUCUCUCUCUCUCUCUCUUUUUUUUCCUGGUAUUCAUAGGCAUCACUUGAUCUUUUAUUUGCUUUAUUUUCCAUUCUAACUUCUCUUCUUAGAAUUUUUUUUUAAAAUUUAGUUUUGCAGUCUGUGGCUUUUUAGCUGUGAGCUUGAAUUUUUUGAUCUCUCAAAUCUCUCGUUCUACGCUCAGAGCUUAUCCUGUAUUUUCACAAAUUACGGUUACGAUCUCUGUUUCUCUCUUCAAGCCUUGCUUCUCCUUUUCUUUGGCUGUUUCAUUGAGGUAGGGUUUAUGGUUACUUGGAUCUAUGAAUGGAACUCUUUAGAAUUGAGCUCUAGUGAGGCUGCUUCACUCGUUUUUGUUCUUUUAAUAGCUUGGAAAAAUAGGGGUUUGGUAUUGUAAUUACUGGAAGUCGUUUUAAUAAUUUUGAGCUGAUUCCGAUUAAGAUACAGUGUAUGCUUUUGUUUUUUUUUUCUGGGUGUCAAUCAAUGCAUUGAAUUUUGGAUUUUUCCCUUGUUUUGUUGUUUUGCAGGUAUUCUUUUUUCGCUCUUUCCUCAUCUCUUAGUUCAUUCAGAAACUGCAUCUAAACUUUUUCAAGGACUCCAAUUUUGGCAACUCAGAAUUCAGCUUUGGGUUUUGGCAUCUUGAUCUGAUUCAGGUGGAGUGCAAGUAUAAAAAAGUAUUGCCUGCUCAUUUAUUUGAGUGUUGAUUAGUUUGCUUCGGGUUCUUAUCCUGCUAAUUGAAUGGUUCUGAGCUGUAACUGUAAGAUUGGCUGUGUAAUUAGAAGGAGAUGAGACACACGAAAAAUGAGAGUGAUGAUGGUGUUCUCUCCAAGGAUCAGACUGAAUCUCUGUUGGCUGAGGAAGGUAGCUGUGGUGGAAGUGCAAAUGGACUUAUGCUGAAGAAAGGGCCAUGGACAUCUGCUGAAGAUGAAAUUUUGAUAGAAUAUGUGAAGAAGCAUGGUGAAGGGAAUUGGAAUGCUGUUCAGAAGCACUCAGGGCUUUUCCGGUGUGGCAAAAGCUGUAGAUUACGGUGGGCCAAUCACCUGAGGCCUAAUUUGAAGAAGGGGUCAUUUACUCAGGAAGAAGAACAGCUAAUCAUUGAACUCCAUGCAAAGAUGGGAAACAAAUGGGCACGCAUGGCUGCACAUUUGCCUGGUCGUACAGACAAUGAGAUAAAGAAUUACUGGAACACUCGAAUUAAGAGGCGCCAACGGGCUGGUUUACCUCUGUAUCCUCCUGAAGUCUCUUUGCAGGCAUCCUACGAGAGCCAACUAAGCCUGAACAUUAGUGGAAUCUAUUCUGGGGAUAAAGAUCAUCAAGAUCUCCUGCAAACCAACAGUUAUGAGAUACCUGAGGUUAUAUUUGACAGUUUAAAGGCCAACCAUGGCAUCUCAUCUUAUGUCCCUGAACUUCCUGUGAUUACUGCAAGCAGCAUGCUAAUGAGAGGUCUGAGUUCUUCUCAAUAUAGUAACUUCAUGUCGCCGACAGUGCAUUGUCAAAAGCAUCUUCGAGAAUCAACAACCUUAAUCCCUGGUUACAGUGGCAGUGGAAAAACUGAAUUCACUCUGUCUGACCAGUUUCAGCAUAAUUCUUGUGACAGAGUUGCUCAAUCCUUUGGGUUGUCUUUUCCAUUUCAUCUUGAUCCCACCAACAAGAACCCAGAGUCCUUUGGUGGCAAUCAAGUUAGCCAUAUCCUUGCAAAUGGCAAUUUCUCUGCUUCAAAGCCCAACUAUGGGUUUGUGAAGAUGGAGCUCCCUUCAUUCCAAUAUCCAGAAAAUGAUUUAGGUAGCUGGGGGAUAUCCCCACCACGUUUACUUGAAAUUAUUGACACUUUGAACCAGUCUACACCUAUAGGGACAGUUGAGUCAUCUCCGCAUAAUAGUGGCCUAUUGGAUGCUUUACUUCAUGAAUCUGAAACUCUAAGCAGCACAAAGAAUCAUUCAUCUGACAAGAGUUCAAAUUCAUCUAUUGUUACUCAUGGUGAACUUGCUGAAAGUUCUGCCUUGAAUAUUUGCAAUACAGAAUGGGAAGAAUACGGUGAUACCCUUUCCUCAUUAGGUCAUACCACAACUUCUCUUUUCGGUGAGUGCACUCCUAUAAGUACCUGUGGAAGUUCUAUGGAUGAACCAUCAGCUACUGAGACCUUAACUGAAUGUUCUGUAGGUAGCAAUGUAAAAUUAACAGCAGUUGAUCAAGCUCGGAGUUCAGAAAGGGAGAAAGAAACCACUACUCGAUUGGAUAUUACUCACCCUGAUGCUUUACUUGCUUCUGAUUGGCUUGAAGAUGGUUCAGGUUACGUUGAGGACCAAGACUUUAUGCUGGAUAACAUAGCACCCCUUCUCAGUGAUGAUUUCAGCAGUGAUUUUGAGCAAAUGUCUACUGGAGCUUCUACAUCAAAUCAAGGAUGGGGGCUUGGCUCUUGCGCAUGGAAUAGCAUGCCUGCUGUAUGUCAAAUGUCUGAACUCACUUGAGAAAAUUGCUAUCUAUCAAAUUUGUGAACUGCUGAUACUUUUUUGCUUCAUUUGUAUUGACCAUAUCUUCAAAUUUGGGUACACUCAAGUCUGCUCCUGGUACUUGCUAGACCAGUAAAAGGUCAUUUAGGGCAAGACUUAUGCUGUAAUAUGUCUGAUACAAGGUAGUUUAUUUGUGGCUUUGGAUUUCUUGCUUAGUGAAACAGGGCAAUUCAUGUAUGCCUAUGUGGAACUUGAUGGGGUAUACAAGUGGAUUGUGGCCUUCACUAUGCUCUUAAACUCAAUUUGUUUCGGAUGAUAUCCUUUCAUUUUCCAAUAAUUUUC